CUCAUACUGUGCACAUGUUGCUACCAGAUGAUCUCUGAUAGGUUGACAGAUUAUUGCCAAAGGAUUUGAUUCCACUCAACUUUUUUUUUUAUUUAAUUUUUUUUGCAGCCUGGUGCCAUGGAGGAGCCCGAGUAGGACAUCUCUGAUUGUGUUUCAAUGAGAUAUGCCAUUUGUUUGAAUAUAUAAAGCAGUGAAAGCAAUGUGGAGGCGCAGCUAAUUGCCAGUCUGCAUUCUUUGGAGCAGUGUUAAAAAAAGUGUCGUUUUUGAUAGUAUUUGGGCUUUUAAGUGGUUUUGGCAGAAAGCAAAACUGGAGAUGCUGAAGGAGGAAUGCAAGGCACUGUUGGAUGCUCUUAACAAGGUAACUGGCUGCUACAGACAUCUGGUACUCACCAUAGGUGGCACAUCAGACUCACAGAACCUGCGUGAAGAAUUGAAGAAGACCAGGCAGAAAGCACAAGAACUAGCGGUGGCCAACAGAAACACACUUACCAGCACUCUCAAGGACCAUAGAUUGACCAAAGAAGACAAGGCUGAAUUUGAGAGGCUAUGGGUCAUUUUCUCUACCUGUAUGGACAUUCUGGAAACAGAUAUGAGACGAGCUCUGGUGCUAGGUCAGGAAUUUCCUCUUAACAUUCCCAAGAAACACCUCAUUCAGACUGGCAUGAGUGGUGGAACUUCUGGUGUGGCUGCUAGGGCUAUGAGUGCGCAGAACAUGAGGUACGAAGCUGAGCACAAUAUAGAUGUGAUGGACCUCAAGGACCUGGAGAAUGAGAUUAACCUUAUGGGUGAAAUGAUGUAUGAGAUGGAAAUGAAGGUCAGUGUGCCUCAGUGGACUGUGGAAGCUAAACAGGAUCCAGGAGCUGAACUUAAAUCCAUCAUGAGUGCUGGGGCUUCUUCCCCUGGAAUUAUUUCUCUGGAUGCUCAUAAAUCUAUAUGUGACCUCAGCAAAAUUUUAGCAGGGGUGGUUUUCAGUGCAGUUCUUAUUAUUGCUAUAGUACUGGCAGUUUGUGUAGUAAAACUUUCUUAACGUGAAAAUACAUGUUUAUGCUGCUAACUUUAUUCUAUUGUAUAAUUUAGUAUGGGUUUGGUGCAGAUCAUAACUCUUCCUUUUUUAUUUAACUUUUUUUAGGGAGAAAUCGUGUCCAUUCUGAUAGAGUUCUGGGUAUAUUUUUUGUUUGUUUUUAUUUAACGCAAACUUAUUAUCUGUAGAUCAGUUACAUGUGUUCUGUCCCAUUUGAAUAAUAUUGUCAUUAAGACUGAUUCAUUCACUCCAUUGGGUUAUUUAAAACUUAAUUUUCUGCCCGCAUCAUAUUGCACACUGUAUUGGUGCUACAUUUGUGGAUGUUUGUCUCUUUUUUUUUAUUAUCAAUGCAUUAUAAUUAGUGUUACCUUAUUUUUUAUUCUAUGUUUUCAAUAUUCUUAAACAAACAGAGUUUGCAAUUUGGGGGCAAAGAUAUGAAAUGAUGCAUCAAGCAACUAAUAUAUCACAGAUGUGGUGAAGGAUUUAAGCUCACAGGAUUCAGUCAUAUAAUAUUUCCUGCCAACUGGCAUCUGUUUAUUUGUUGUAAACCACUAAAGCUGUAAUGCUCUGAUUCUGACCAUUUUGAUGCCAGGCCACUGGCUGGCAGUUUGUGAAGAGGGAGAUAAAAAUAGUGGCAAUUAGGUGUUUCAGAAUAUUCCACAGUCUGAACUUCCAGCUAGAGGAUAUCUACUACUGCACUUUGAUCAAUACAUCGUCUGUGGCUGAAGGCCAAUUCAAUGGUCAGCUUAACCAUUGUAGGUUUUAUAGCCUGUCUGCGUUUAUUCUUUCUUGAGUCUUCCCGUAAGCAUGCCCCACUUAUUAUUCAUAAUAGCCUUAUGAGAAUGGGCUUAGAGCAGACCUUUGUUGCUGUGCUGGAUAGCUUUAGGACUACACGUUACACACUGGCUUCUUGUGUGUACGAGACAAGGUUUGAGCACUUAACAAUUUAAUGCUAUUCUGCCUGGUUGUACCUACAAGCAUUAAUAGCUGUGUUGUUGAAAAAAUACAUGUUGCAUUUUUAUUCAAUUGAGACUUUCAUAAUAUUAAAACAGAGAAAUGAUAUGAUUGUUUCACAUAAACAACACAUAAGAGUGCGUGUUAGUAAGAUCCAUUUCAUACAAACACCCAUGCAUAAGUGGUCUGGAGCAUUUUAGUAAAAGGCCAUUUCAUCAAAGAGUUCAGUUUGCAAUGGCUUAACUAAUUCCCUGCUCUUUGGUAUUAUAUGUAAUACCAGAAUCCAAAACAUAUCAGGUCUCUCAUUCUAAGCUCCUCUUUCAGCAUUGGUAUGAAUAUCUCCCUGUCUAAGGGCUCAGCUGUGCUCUGGCUAAGUAAAUAUACUUGUGCCCUGUGAGAAGAUUGAGACUGCCACUUGCGUUUAACUGAAGCAACAUUGAAAUGUAAUUGCAGGGAAUGCAUCUACGGUGCACCUCACUGCAUAUCCGUGUGGGAUUGUGAUCAUUUAUAGCUUUAGAUUGUCUGCAGUUUUUGCUGGCCACCAUCACAUCUUAACAGUAAGAUAUAAAAAAUAUAUAACUGUAGUCUUAUUUGUAAUGCAUGGGUGAUGCAGAAUUGUGAAGCUGGGGUAUUACUUAUGGCUAUAAUCAUCAUCAUCAUUUAUUUAUAUAGCGCUGUCAAGAUACGCAGUGCUUUAUAUAAUAGUACCGUUGUGAAGUUGAUAUUAAAAUCCUACCCAUUUCUACAUAAAAAAUGUACAUUUUGAUAGGACUGAUGAUGUACACAUCCUGGGCUUACUUGUCCUUGAGUAGGAGUACUUAUCAACAAUAACAGUACCGGCUUCAGUAUACCUUCACUGGAUACCCGAUGAAUUGAUAAACACACAAGCUUGAUCAGAAUUACUUCUGAAUAUAUAUAGUCUUUUUAAAAUUUGCACUGUAACAUUCCUUCCACAUUUUGGAAAUAGAAAGAGGGACAAAAAGAUUUGCCAUGCGGAGCAUGGCAAAAAUAAUUUGGUCACCCGUGUUUUUGUGGCCACAACCCCUAAUUUCCAUGUCAAUUUUACAUAAUUUGUCAGGUUAUGAAAGUUUGAACACAUUUAUAUGGUUUUUAUAUGUUAUUGCAGUUUUGCUAAUGAAGGUGAAUUGCCAUUUAAGAUGUGAGUCUCAGUCCUCCCAAGAGACCUGCUUAUCUUAAAUUGUUACAAAAAUAUCUAAGUAUCUAUUCUGGGCUCUCUGCCAAAAGCCACUUAAGUUAGAAAUGUUGCAUUUUUUCCUGGCUGUUCAGUGAAGGAGAUCAAAGAGAAAGUCAAGACAUUUCAGUAACAAACCCGGGACUGCAGGUUGAGCUGUCAAAAUCGGGACUGUCCCGCAAAAACAGGACAGUUGGGAGGUAUGCUGUAAGGAGGUUAAAGGGGCUGUUCAUCUUCCAAACACUUUUUCAAUUCAGUUGUUUUUAGAUUGCUCCCCAGAAAUAAAGACUUUUUUGCAAAUACUUUCCGUUAUUUAUUUUUUACAGUUUUUCCAAAAUCUAAGUUUAAAGUUGAAUGUUUGUGUCUCUGGUGUUUCAGUCUGGCAGCUCAAUAAUUCAGGUCCAGACUCUAAACUGUUACAAUUUUGCAACAUUCACUUUUCAAUAGAAUCUCUGGAAUAUUAGCAACUAUUGUAUCAGUUCUAACAGCUGCCUAUAAUGAAACCCAGAGAUUCAGGGUCAGCGACCCCCCCCAGAGCUGCUUUAGAAGCUGAAAAUUACAUUUUACACUUCAAUAUUAGAAAAACGGCCACAUAUAGAAAAUGUAAAAUCAUUGUAAAAAAACAGUUAUUUCUGAUCUAUCUGAAAACAACUAGUUUUUAGAAGGUGAACCCCUUUAAGAUUUAGAAAACACCAAACCUGUUUGAGAAGUAAAUUCACAAUGAAUGCAUAGAGGUUGCAUAUCAGUUUUGGGUUAUUGCUUAGGACCAUGAAAGGCUUAAAGCUGCACCACCAUGGUAACCCAUAGAGACCAAUCCAUUAUUUGCUUUCAUUGUUUGUCUUGCAUUUUUUUAAUCAAGGCCCUUUGCUGAUUGAUCGUUUUGGUGCAACCGCAGUGUUGCAAACCAUUUGUCUAACUUGUAACACUAAGGCUAAUGUCACACUGGGGAAGUAUUAGUUGCUACUUGUAUAUUCUGGUGCAAGUAGCUAAUAUGGCAUUUCAUUGUAAAGCGACAGUAGUGAUUAAAUGUUUUCUUGUUUUUAAACUAUUUACAUUAAAAAAAAA